AUGUACAAACUCUCCGGAACGUGGCAACGAGGCAGCGACGUUAAGGCGGUCAAGUUUUGCCGAGAAGGUGUGCUUGCUGCUGGAAGAGACGGCAAUUUGAUGCUGCACACAAAGUCCAACUCUCAGCUCGUCCACGAGGAGGGCCAGUACCUUAAUUCCUUGGCUGUUGCGGAUCGCACUGCGUAUGUCGGCUCGCAAGACGGCACUAUUGUGUCCAUUGACAUCGACACAAAGGAAAUGGCCUACUUUCUAGGUCACACUGCCAAUGUGUGUGCAUUGGACGCCCACGGAGACGUGCUGGUUUCGGGAUCGUGGGACAAAACUGCCCGCAUCUGGCAGAGCCCCACAAGCUUUAUUGAGCUCAAUGGCCAUUCAGAGGCCGUUUGGGCAGUCCUGAUCGUCGACAACACGCAUGUUUUGACUGCAUCUGCCGACAAAACUAUUAUUUUAUGGAAAAGCGGCGCAAAGAAGCGCACCUUUACUGGUCACACAGAGCCGGUUCGUGGCCUGUGUUUAUUGGGCGACGAUCGCUUUGCUAGCUGUUCUAAUGACUCCACAAUCAAAAUCUGGUCUCUUGACGGAAGCUUGCUGCAGACUUUGCAGGGCCACACGUCUUUUGUUUAUUCAAUUGCUUUCCACAAGGGCCACUUGUUUUCCACUGGCGAGGACCGCACUUUGAGGCUGUGGCGCGAUACAUCACAAAUCCAGACAAUAGUGUUACCUGGUGUGUCGGUCUGGUCGGUUGCAGUUGAUACGCAUGGCGACGUUGCCGUCGGAUCAAGCGACCAUAAUGUCAGAUUGUUCUCCACCAAAUCGUCGCAUUGGCUCUCGGAUGCUGAGCUUCAAGCCUUUGAAGACGAAGUUUCAAAUACAAAGGUUGGUGAGGAUCAAGUUCAGCUCGAUGAAAGCCAAAUCAAAGAUGCUAGCAUUCUACAAACAGAUGGUCGCGAAGGCCAGGUGGUUAUGGUGCGAGAGAACGGCAUCGUCAACGCAUAUCAAUUUUCAGGCAAAUGGCUCAAAAUUGGCCAAGUCGUGGGCAAGUCUCAAAAGAAAGAGUUCAAUGGAAAGAGCUAUGACUAUGUGUUUGACGUCGACAUUGCCGACGGAGUACCUCCCUUGAAAUUACCUUUCAAUAAGGGUGACAACGUAUACGCCAGUGCAGAAGAGUUUGUUGAACGCAACGACUUGCCUGUCUCGUACGUGAACCAGGUCGUCAACUUUUUAAUCACCAAUACCCAGGCCUCGUCGACGUCGGUUUCUACUCCGGCAUCUGCUCCACCGACUGUGCCCGCUACUCCAGCACCUACCCCAUCUGCAGCCGUCCCGGCUGUUAUUUCAUCAUACAAGCAACCACUGCCAAUGACCAACUUCAAUGGCCCAUCUCUGGCCAAAGCAUUCGCUGAAAAGGCCGCUGAGCAGGGAUCAGAAGCAAAUAUACUACCGCUGCUCGAAGGCCUGCCCUCAAGCUCGAAUGAUCUGCUUCAGGUCGCUCAAGAAGCAUUAUCACACUGGAAUCCCAGCGACUUUUUGCCCGUGUUGGACGCUAUGAGACUGGCAGUGGUGGCGUCUGACCCCCCGGAUAUGCAGGUCAUGAUCUCCCUGUUGUCAUGUGUUGACCCCGCAAUGCCAAAAUACUCGACCCUUGCUACACGUGGAUUCGCAAAUAUUGCUGCUCGACCUGAUGGGCCCACGUUGGUGCAAAAAGACCAGCAACUCUUUAUUGAAGCAGUAUCGCUGCUAAGCACUGCAGAACUCAAGGGCCCAUUGGCACUCGCAGCAGCUACCCUUCUUUUGAAUCUCUCUGUAGUAGGCACCAAAGUUUCAUUGGCCGAGUAUGCGGUCCAGUUCACCCAGGCCUUUGAUGAGACUCCUGAAGCAAACUACCGGCUGGCCCUGGCAAUCGGAGUCCAGGCGUUCAAGCAUCCUUCUGAUCGCGCGACUCUGUCAAACGCCACUAAUUGGCUGGCUGCAAACCGCGAACCCCGUUUCAUUGCUCUCGCUAAAGAAAUUUUACCUCUUUUGUAG